UAGAUUGACAGCGACCACCGCUAAAAGAUUUAAUCUUAAAAACAUGAAACGAAAGCAGCAAGAAGACGACGGCGUAGAGAAAGCCGCCUCUCCCGUCGUCGCCACCACCUCAAACACCAUGAAUACUGACCUACUUCUACAGUCACCUUCCAAACUAUCACAGAAGCAGGACUACAUCUUCCAUGGAGGAAGACGCCAUGUGAGACCAUACUACUUCGAGUUCAUUUCUCAUGUGAACAAACGCUGGACAGGGAAAACAAUUGUGGAUUUGUUCGCCGACGAAUUUAAAGGACGUCCUCGUGAAUAUUAUAUUGGUGCAGUCAAAUCUGGAAGAAUCAAAGUUGAUGGAGAAAUUGUACCAGUUUCAUACAUUGUGAAAUCUUCCCAAAAGAUUACUCACUUCCUCCACAGGCAUGAACCACCGGUGAUGAUUGAUGAUGUUGUUAUCCUUCAUCAAGAACCUGACGUUGUUACUGUCUGCAAACCAGCUUCUGUUCCUGUGCAUCCAUGUGGUCAAUAUCGUAAGAACACAGUUGUUGGCAUCCUUGAUGCUGAGCAUGACCUAGGAACUCUAUUUCCUAUUCACAGAUUAGACCGUUUGGUUUCUGGAUUGCUCAUCAUAGCAAGAACGGCGGCUAAAGCAGAUUUUUUCAGGCAACAGAUUGAGGGUGGAAUGGUGAAGAAACGUUAUAUUGCAAAGGUUAUUGGCGUGUUCCCAGAAGAUGAGAUGAUAGUCGACGCCAACAUAAAUUAUAAUGGCAGUGAAGGAAGAAGUACAGCAGAGGACCCCGAUUCAAGUGGUGAUGAUAAGAAGGUGAAGGGGAAGCCUGCAUGCACCAAGUUAACUAGAAUCGAUACAAAUGGGACUCAUAGCCUUGUCUCAUGUGAACCAGUGACAGGGAGAACCCAUCAAAUACGAGUGCAUCUACAAUAUACAGGGCAUCCCAUAGCGAAUGACCCUCUUUAUCUCAAUCAACACAUAGAUAAUCUUGAGACCUAUAUUGCAAAAAGAAUCGAUGCAGGUGAGAAAAAGAUCGUCUCUCCAGACGACUACGUGUAUUCUAGCGAAGAUUUCAGCAUCGAUCCAAUGUGUACAAACUGCCCAAAGUUGAUCCCACAAGGAUACGAGGAGCAUGACGAGGCUCUCUGGUUACACUGCGUUCAAUAUUCUGGAACUGGAUGGGAAUACGAAUGUCCUUAUCCAUCUUGGGCAUCCCUUUAGCUUACAUUUAUUUGAUACUAUGAUUCUUGUUAUCAACACUGGCAACUGUAUUGUAUACAUGUUCUACAAAUAUGCUGAUUAGUGCUUACAUGGAAAAGUAUCAAGUUGAUUCAUUUGAUUC